AUGUGUUCCCGACGAUCGACCUCUCGGAGCCCGACCGCUCCGUGUUACGGCUCGUCGAGGCGUGUGAGGGUCUCGGCUUCUUCAAGGUCGUCAACCACGGCGUCCCGCCCGAGCUCAUCCAGCGGCUCGAGUCGGAGGCCGUCCGGUUCUUCUCCUUGCCCCGCUCGGCCAAGGACAAGGUGGGCCCGGCCCGGCNGCUACGGGAACAGGAGCAUCGGGUGCAACGGCGACGUCGGCCGGGUCGAGUACCUCCUCAUGACCGCCGACGCCGAUUCCGACUACCGGAAGUUCGCCGCCGUUUUCGGCGAAGCCGCCGCCGACGGAUUCCGGUCCGCGGUGGACGACUAUCUGUCGGCGGUGAAGAAGAUGGCGUGCGAGAUUCUCGAGGCGUUGGCCGACGGGUUGAAAGUCCAGCCGAGGGAGGCUUUCAGCAAGCUGCUCAAGGACGAGGAGAGCGACUCGGUUUUCCGGCUGAACCGGUACCCGCCGUGCGCGGGGGCCGGGGAGUCCGACCCGAUUGGGUUCGGGGCGCACACCGACCCGCAGAUAAUAUCGGUUCUGAGGUCCAACGACGCCGGCGGGCUCCAAAUCGUGGGGAGGGACGGCGAGUGGGUCUCCGUGCCGCCGGAUCGGAACUGCUUCUUCAUUAAUGUGGGCGACUCAUUGCAGGUUAUGACCAACGGGAGGUUCAAGAGCGUGAGGCAUAGGGUCGUGGCCAACAGCCCCGAAGCAAGGCUCUCCAUGAUUUAUUUCGGAGGACCACCGCUGAGUGAAAAGAUAGCCCCAUUGCCUUCACUAUUAAUCAAAGACGAGGACAGCUUGUACAAGGAGUUUACAUGGUUUGACUACAAAAAAUCAGCUUACAAUACGAGGCUGGCUGAUAAUAGGUUGGGCCUUUUCGAGAAAAUUGCUGCCUCAUAA